AAUUACUGAAGUUUUGAAAAUGAAAUAAUAUGAAAGAGAUUAAUGAAAAAAAUAACCAUGAUACUUUUGUUUCAGGUUUUUACAGUGUUGCUGGUCAAGGGAAUUGUACAGAAUGUCCAGAAGGAAAGGAAUGUACUGACCCAACUAACAUUGUUGUCUGUAGUACAGGAACAUACAGUCCAGCCGGCCAGAUUACAUGUUCUACUUGUGCCACAGGUUUUUACAGUGUUGCUGGUCAAGGGAAUUGUACAGAAUGUCCAGAAGGAAAGGAAUGUACUGACCCAACUAACAUUGUCGACUGUAGUGCAGGAACACACAGUCCAGCCGGCCAGAUUACAUGUUCUACUUGUGCCACAGGUACCUACAGUGGUUUAGGUUCCCCCUCCUGCUCUCCCUGUCCGUCCGGAUCAAACUGCACUGAUGGCACCAGUCAGCCUUGUGAUGCUGGGACUUUCAGUAUGCUGGGUCAGGGUGUCUGUACAGCAUGUCCUGCCGGGUAUUACAGUGCCGCCGGAGCCAGUUCUUGUACUAUUUGUGGUGCAGGUCAAGACUGCAGUAAUCCUGCGGUCACUGUAGGCCCACCAGACUGUGCGGCUGGAAAUUUCAGCCAGGCGGGUGAUUCUAACUGUCGCCCUUGUGACUUAGGUAGAGUGUACACAGGAAGUUGUGGUGGUGUAAAAUUGACUUUGUUUUAUAUUUCAUACAUAAUUUAUUUAAUAUUUAAUAAUCAAUAGUAAAUAAUUACACAAAUUCCA